UGGAAGGCAACUCACCAACUGAGCUGCUGGAAAAAUGACUGCUGUUGCUCAUGUGGGACGUCAACUCGCUCUGCGAUGGGUUGAGACUCGCCCCACAUGGUUGGGAUAUGCCACCUCGCACGCACUGCAAGCAGUGAACUUCAUUACACCGCGAGUCACAGCUAGUGCAGUAUGUGCCAGCUCUCUUCCAUCUACCCGGCUGUCCUCCACCUCAACUGCCUCGGCAGCACCCCACCCUUGCGUCGUCGUCGGAAGCGGACCAGCGGGACACACCGCAGCGAUUUAUCUUGCCCGCGCAAAUUUGGAGCCUGUUUUGUACGAGGGGUACAUGGCUGGAGGAAUUGCUCCCGGCGGUCAAUUGACGACCACAACAGAUGUUGAGAACUACCCUGGAUUCCCAGAAGGAAUCUCUGGGACAGAUCUAAUGGAUCGCUUUCGGCAGCAGAGUGCGCGAUUUGGUACAAAAAUUCACACAGAGACGAUAUCCAAAGUGGACUUGUCGAGCAGGCCGUUCAAAUUGUGGGUGGAGAAUAAAGAAGAUCAAGAACCGAUCUUGGCGCGGAGUGUCAUAAUCGCUACGGGGGCGACCGCGAAGAGAAUGCGCAUUCCAGGUGAAGAGACCUACUGGCAGGCGGGAAUAUCCGCAUGUGCUGUUUGCGAUGGCGCAGUUCCAAUAUUUAGACGUAAACCACUUGCAGUGGUUGGUGGCGGAGACUCAGCUGCUGAGGAGGCAACAUUUCUCACAAAGUACGCCAGCAAGGUGUACGUCUUAGUCAGAAGGGACAAGCUACGAGCCUCUAAAACUAUGGCAGACCGUCUGUUGCGUAACCCAAAGAUCGAAGUUCUAUGGAACACGGUGCCGAUUGAGGCAAAAGGAGAUGGGAAGCUGCUGAAAAGCUUGAUUUUGAAGGAUACCAAAACUUCAGAGACACGAGAAUUACCUGUGAAUGGCCUCUUUUACGCUAUUGGGCAUACACCCAAUACCGGUAUUGUGGCAACAGGAGGUGGGCCAGAUGGUAGAGGUCCCCAACUUCAACUUGAUCGGGAUGGUUACAUUAUCACGAAGCCCGGUACAUCGUUGACCAGCCGUGAGGGAGUGUUUGCAGCUGGUGACGUCCAGGACAGACGCUACCGCCAGGCGGUCACGGCGGCAGGCUCUGGCUGCAUGGCGGCGCUAGAUUGCGAGCGGUGGUUAGAAGAGGAACAGUAGACUUCCUCGGGAGAGUUGAUUGCAUUUGUAAAUUACAACAUCACAUAUAGAAUGCGCGCUGGAAUUCAAGAGCUCUCUUGACAAAUGGAGCCGAACUGGGAGGACCGAACGGUCGACAGUAAACGUUCCGUUACAUUACAGUCGGUACCAUAUGGAAUGCGUUAAAUAAAUUUCAAUGUACAAUGACCAAAACACUUAAAUAGUUGU